CAUACGGUUGGCACACCUUGUCUCUUUUAGUAGUUUUCUUGUCAGAUUGUUAAGGACAGCCAGUUUUUUAAUGUAAAGUGUUGUUUUUGUAUAUUGUGUAUAUUUCUCUCAAUGACGUCGGGAAAAGACGCAAUGGGUGAGCAGCCUAUCUUCACGUGCAAGGCUCACGUCUUCCACAUCGACCCGAAGACGAAGCGGUCGUGGAUGCCGGCCUCCAGUACGGCUGUCAGCGUCUCCUUCUUCUACGACUCGUCACGAGGGCUCUACCGCAUCAUCAGCGUGGAGGGUCAGAAGGCCGUCAUCAACAGUACCGUCACGCCCAACAUGACCUUCACCAAGACGUCGCAGAAAUUCGGCCAGUGGUCCGACGUCAGGGCCAACACCGUCUACGGGCUGGGAUUCUCGUCGGAGGCGGAACUCCAAAAAUUCAUCGACAAGUUCAAUGAGGUGAAGGAGGCGACGAGGUCUGCCAUCAUUAAGGAGACGUCGAACGGUGGGGCGGCUGUUACGCCGCUGACGAGCGCCAACGCCAGCCCGAUAACGGCGAGGGCCGCUUCCGCGGGCCAGGAUCAAGUCGACAACUUGCUCGAGCCACCCGUAAUGCCAGUUAUGAAAGGGAGUGCCCAAAUGCCGACGGUUAAUACGAAGUCCGAUGACGAGAUACCCCAUCCCCGUAGCCAUUCGGUGUCGGCGAUCCAGAGCAACGAGAGCCCCAGCCAUCAGGUCAUCAAGUCGGACAAGGGACCCAUCGAUAUGCAGCUCAAAUACGAGAACGAUCGGCUAAAGUUGGCACUCGCUCAAAGUUCUGCAAACGCAAAGAAAUGGGAGAUCGAAUUGGCGACGCUGAAAAGCAACAACGCCCGUCUGACCAGUGCCUUGCAGGAAAGCACCGCCAACGUGGACGAGUGGAAGCGACAGUUGGCCAGCUUGAAGGAGGAGAACAUGAGGAUGAAGGCGAAGUACCAGUCGGACUUGGAGAACAGCAAAGGGGGCGGCGACAUCGCCGACGAACUUCGCAAAGAGAUCCAAUCGCUGCGGAUCAGGGUGGAGCAACUUGAGACUGAACUAGAGAGCAAAAACAUUGAAAUCAAGCAGGUGUCGGCGCACAAACCCUCCGACAUUCAGGCGAUGCAGAAGGAGAACCUCGAGCUGCAGGCGACCGCCAAACUGGCGCAGUCGGAGCUGGACAUCGCCCUCAGCGCCCACGAGUCCCAGAAACAGAUCCUGUUGACGCUGAACGCGCAGCUGGCGUCUCGAAUACACGAACUGGCCACGAUCCACGACGAGAUCACCACCGCCCUGCAAACGUGAGGCUCCGGGUCGAAACGGGGGUAGUACGUUCGUACGUACGUCGCGUGCGUUUAAAACCAUUUUAACAAAACCACACACAAGGCAUAAGUUCAUUGUAAACAUGUAAACAAACACGGCGUUUAUUUCGGCAGGCAAAAUGGCUUUAAUUCAUCGGCGGCGUUGCUACGCACAGUGUGACCGGUCGGAUACGCGAAUACGCGGAUACACGGAUACGCGGAUACGUGACACUCUUUUCUACGCCUUGCUUUUAUUAACAUUAACGUUCGUAUAUUUAUUGUGACAUUAUAGUUCUCGUCUCGAUACAACUAUCGUCUCAAAUAAACAAAGCACAAAAAAACUAAUUAAUAUUAAUGAUCUCAACUCUAUGAAGGAAACAGUGGCACGUAUUACGUAAGAGGUGCAAUGCAAUGAUUUUCUUUAUUUUCUUCUACCUAUCCGCUGUGUUAGUGACGAUGGCAAAUAAAACAAAAUGUUCAAGGCAAGUGCCAUGACUCGUGACUAAAAUGCUCAAUUAGUUAUUUUAUAUACUGUGUUUCUUUUUAUCCGUGGGAGCAUUUCUAUUAUUUUUAUUCUUAGGAUGAUAUAAUACGAAUUGUUCUUACUUUAAUCUCGUACACAAGUCUUUGCGCAAAGUAUUAUUUACUAUUUAACACUUUUGUACCUUCUCUCAUUUUUCUAUUAUUAUUUUUUUAGUCAUUUGUAAGAGAUAUAAUCAAAUAGGCUAAGAUAUUUUCUUUUAUAUGUUAUAAAUAUUGCUUUUAUUUAUUAUUAGGUCUACAUUUAUUAAUUUAUUACAUAGGAUAUAUAUAUAUAUAUAUAUAUAUAUAUAUAUAUAUAUAUAUAAAUAAAACACAAAAUUCUCAUAGGGUCAAAAUUUGUCAAAUCUUGGCUAGAUUAAAUUCGGUUUGAUACAUUUUGACUCGAUAGAAAUAUGUCAUUACAUUUUAAUGUAUAUUAUUAAAUGAGGAAAUCAUUAAAUACUAUUGUAAAUAGCGACUUUGGUUAUUAUUUAGUCCCACAAAACGGGUAAACGUCUCUUCUAAACAUGGAUAAACAACGAAUCGGUGUACUGUUGUCAAGAAAGUUAGCAAUAAAUAAACGUGAACGUGGAUUUCAAAACAAUUUUAUAUUAUGUACUAGUUUACCCGUUUCGUGGGUCAUCAGUUUUUUUUUUUAUACACUAGUUGUGUAAAAAAUUGCUUAUGCCGUCUCGAGACACUAAAGCGAAUAUACAGGAAUUUCACAAACAACUUAGAAUUGAAAUCGGAUUGAUUAUUUGCACAAUUUUUCAACAAUAAUUCAAUUUUUCCAUGUCUAUAGUUGUGUUCGAGUUUGUUGGUCGACGUUUAUUGGAAUUAUUUCCUGAUGUUUCGCCAGCACGAGUGGCUAGCAUCUUCAGAGGUUCUGUUCGUUGGACGUUCUUAUCUGCUUAAAGAUUCUGAUGUUUUUGAGCACUGAUGUCCAUAUUUUAUACAGAUUCAAUGCUUUUUCUUUUCUGUUGUUGAAGUUGUUUCCGAGUUUAUGGAAUUUAAAUUGCUUUCCUGAUCAUUCUCUUGUGAUAUCCGAUUGUCGAGGCAAUUAUGUAUCUUAAAAUUGAAUUGUUUGUGGUACCAAUGUAUACUUUCCCGCAAGAGCAUGGUAUGCGGUAUAUCCCAGAAGCUGUUUGAUGGUCUCUCCUAUCUUUGGCAGAUCUGAGACUGUGUUGAAUCUUCCUUGUUGGUUUAGAAACAGUACGAAUGUUAUGUUUUAAUAAGAUUUUUUCAAUUCUAUUGGUAACUUUACAUGUAUAUGGGAGAAAAGCUUUACCAAUCGUGGGCUCACUAGGUGGAUCGGAUCUUUAUUAUUAGUGUGAGAUCUCAUUGUACAUCGUAUUUCUGAGCGCUUGUAUUCGUUGGUCUGUAGUGUUUUUUCUGAGUUUUCUUGUUCUUCAGCGAGGUGGUGUGUGGCACAUAUCCUUUUGGCUUAUUCGGUUAGGCGACCACUGGAUGAAGAAGACUGCCCAUUGCUAAUCCUUCAGUCUGCUCAUAGAAUUUGUUGUUCCAAACGAAAUGGUUUUUAGUAAGGCACGUACGGAAAAGAUCCACUAUAUCUGGAGGGAAUAUUUCUGAUAUCAUGUUUAGGGAAUCAUUGACAGGAACUUUAGUGAAAAGUGACACUACGUCGAAACUGACCAAUCUACCUUCUACAUCAAGAUGUAAUCCUUUCAAUGUCUCAACAAACUGAGUGGAAUCUUUAAUAAAAGUUGGGGUGUUUCCAACAUGAGGUUGUAGCAUUGCAAUCUCGUAAGUUACCUGGCUAACGAUAGGUCGGAGUUAUAUGUAUGUAUUUAGGGCAGACCAUAUAAGCGAGGUACUAAUUGUUUUUGGAUAGAAAAGAAGAAGCAUUGAAGCUGGAUAAAAUACGGACACCAGUGCUCAAAAACGCCAAAAUCUCUAAGCAGAUAAGAACGGUCUAACCACUCCUGCUGGCGAAACAUCAGGAACUAAUUCCAACAAACGUCGACCAAUAAACUUGAACAAUUAUAGAUAUGGAAACAAUGGCCACUAAAGCCUCAACCUCUACAAUAAUUCAAUGUUGUUUGUCUGUUAAAUAUAGUCAGUCAUAUUAAAAAUUCGCAGUUAAAGUAGGAAUUUCGAAAAACGCUGUUACAUUUACCUGGCAACUCGUUUUCUGGUCAUAAAUUCAUUCACAAAAAGAACUGCUUAAAGAAACAGAUGGAACAUUGUCGUAUCGGUUACAUCGCUGAACAUACUGCCAUAUUAUUAAAAAUUAAUUUAUAUAAUUUUGUAUUCGAAAUCCUUACUAUUAUUUUAGUCAAUACUUGACUUGAUUGAAUUUUGUUUAUAAUUUGUAUUUUGGUAUUUUAAAAGUAUUUUUGUCGUCAUUAAUUUAUUAUAUAUAACUAACUAAUUAACUAACUAACUCGAUUAAAUGUAUAUGUAUAAUGUAUACUUUGUAAAUACCAAACAAGCAACACCCAUUAAUUUUAAAGUGCUAUUACGAUUGAUUUGAUAAAGUCAUUUUGGAUGUUACGGAGGCGUCUCGGCCUCUCUUACAAUUCUAAAUGACACGACAGGUUUUAUAUAAUCUAUUUACUAAGUGCUGCAUCUAACGAUGAAUACAUUGAUGAUGUAUUAUAAACAAAUAGAUAGCUGUAAAACGUUUCACAGUGUAAUAUAAGACAAACAGAUUGUUCAUAGCAGAAAACAGUUCUUAUAUAUGUUGACGUUGUUAUUUAAUAUAUUAUAAUACCGUGUUAUUAUUAUUUCGAGACUUAUCAAUGCAAGACCAAAUUGUACUAGACUUUUUAUUUGUAGUGAAUAGAUAUAUAUAAUUUAACAGAGGCAAA